UGUGCCCACCCGCCCGCGGACAACGCACCGCGCUCUGCGCUCUCUGCUGUCUGCGCGCGCUCCGUUGCGCACCGUGAUGAGUUCGCGUGUGCGCCUGCGUUAAUGUAGCCACGCGUUGCGAAGGCUGCGUUAAUUGUCAUUACUACUCUAUAAAUGACAUUGCCUGCUGGUAUACGAUACGAGCGUGAAAUACUGUUAUUACAAAUAUAAGACUUAAGUAAACGAAGUCACAUAUUUAAAAUGCCUCUUCUGUAAAAUCUAUGUUGCAUGUUCCUUUUUUCAAUUACAAUCGUUUGAAUGUUGAGAGGGAAAUAAAUGGUAUACCUGGUAGUGAAAUCUGUAGUUCGAUGGCUACACUAGAUAGUGAGAGUCAUCGCGGAGGUUUCAGUUAUCCCUUUUGCCAAGAGAGUGUGUGGAAGUUGCCUUGUGGCAUCCAUUCAAAUUCACGUGUUGGAAGGCAGGGAGGAGGGUACAGACUGGGUGCAGGCCAGAGCAGGCGGUGGGCAAAACUAAGGUUAAGGUGCAUAUUCCAGUUAUUCUUAAUUUCUAGUUAUAUUUUUAGGUAUUUAACAUGACAGUAUUUACUUUAUUGCGGAAAAAUAUUCCGCGUUACCUUCUUCCUCAUCUCCGCUCGAAAACUUUGGAGGCUCGAAUUUUAUGUAUGUCAUCAUACGCAAAGUAUGCAGAACAUAAAAAUUUAGAACAUAUACGGAAUAUAGGAAUAUCUGCUCAUAUUGAUUCUGGGAAGACUACAUUAACUGAAAGAAUAUUGUAUUACACGGGACGAAUUGAAGAAAUGCAUGAAGUGAAAGGAAAAGACAAUGUGGGAGCUACAAUGGAUUCUAUGGAGCUAGAACGCCAGCGAGGCAUCACAAUUCAGUCUGCAGCAACAUACACUCUUUGGAAAGAUCAUAAUAUUAAUAUUAUUGACACACCAGGCCAUGUGGAUUUUACUGUGGAAGUCGAAAGAGCUCUGCGAGUAUUAGAUGGUGCUAUAUUGGUGCUGUGUGCUGUUGGUGGGGUACAAAGUCAAACUCUUACAGUCAACAGACAGAUGAAAAGAUACAAUGUACCUUUUCUAGCAUUCAUAAAUAAACUUGACAGAAUGGGUGCUAAUCCAGAACGUGUGCUUUUUCAGUUGAGAUCAAAAUUACAUCAUAAUUUUGCUUUCAUACAACUCCCAAUUGGUCUUGAGAAUGAUUCAAAAGGUGUGGUCGAUCUCAUCCACAGAAAAGCACUAUACUUUGAAGGUGACAAUGGAAAUAUUGUGAGAGAAGAUGAGAUACCAUCAGAUAUGAGGUCAUUAUGUGAAGAUAAACGUCAAGAAUUGAUAGAGCAUGUUAGUAAUGUUGAUGAUAUUUUGGGAGAAAUGUUUUUAGAGGAAAAAACUCCAUCCGAAGAGGACAUUAAAAAUGCGAUUCGCAGGUCAUGUUUAAAGCGUGCUUUCACACCAGUUUUAGUAGGAACUGCUUUGAAAAACAAAGGAGUUCAGCCAUUACUUGAUGCUGUACUUAGAUAUCUGCCACAUCCAGGAGAAGUCAAGAAUUAUGCUUUACGAGAAACCUCAGGGGAGGAACCUGAGAAAAUUUUGUUGGAUCCUGCUAGAAGUGAUGCAAACCCCUUUGUUGGUUUAGCUUUUAAAUUGGAAGCUGGUAGAUUUGGACAGCUGACAUAUCUAAGAUCAUAUCAAGGAAUGCUUAAAAAGGGCGAUCAUAUUUUCAACGUUAGAACAAGAAAGAAGAUUAGGCUGUCUCGUUUGGUACGUCUUCAUGCUAAUGAAUUGGAAGAUGUUAAUGAAGUGUAUGCUGGUGACAUUUUUGCUUUGUUUGGUGUGGAUUGUGCUAGCGGAGACACAUUCGUCACUGAUCCUAAAUUGCAGUUAUCCAUGGAGUCAAUCUUUGUUCCUGAUCCUGUAGUAUCAAUGUCAAUUAAACCAAAUAAUUCCAAAGACAGAGACAACUUUAGCAAAGCUGUUGCUAGAUUCACAAAAGAAGAUCCUACUUUCCGCUUUAACUAUGAUCCUGACAACAAAGAAACGCUUGUAUCUGGCAUGGGUGAGCUUCAUUUAGAAAUUUAUGCCCAGCGAAUGGAGAGAGAAUACAACUGCCCUGUCACAAUGGGCAAGCCAAAAGUAUCCUUCAGGGAAACUCUUACUGGACCUUGUGAAUUUGACUAUCUUCACAAGAAACAGUCUGGAGGAGCUGGUCAAUUUGCUCGAGUGGUUGGAAUAAUGGAGCCACUGCCUCCUCAUAAAAACACCUUGAUUGAAUUUGCUGAUGAAACCUCUGGACCUAAUGUACCAAAGCAGUUUAUUCCUGGAGUAGAGAAAGGCUUUCUUCAAAUGUGUGAAAAAGGUUUAUUAUCUGGUCACAAGUUAUCUGGAGUCAAGUUUCGCUUGCAAGAUGGUGCUCAUCACAUUGUGGAUUCCAGUGAACUGGCAUUCAUGUUGGCUGCACAUGGAGCUGUGAAAGAAGUAUUUGAGAGAGGAUCUUGGCAAAUCCUGGAGCCAGUUAUGUUUGUGGAAGUCACUGGCCCAGAUGAGUUUCAAGGUAUAGUGAUGGGCCAGUUGACUAAGAGGCAUGGAUUGAUCACAGGACAAGAUGCCAAUGAUGGCUGGUUCACCGUUUAUGCUGAGGUGCCUUUGAAUGAAAUGUUUGGGUAUGCUGGAGAGCUGCGCUCUUCUACGCAGGGUAAAGGAGAAUUUUCAAUGGAGUACAGUCGUUACUCUCCUACCAUUCCAAAAGUUCAAGAGGAACUUAUUCUAAGGUAUCAAGAAAAUCAAGGAAUAGUUCCUCAACAAAAAAAGAAGAAAAACUAGGCAUUGUUAAUUAAUUUUAUAUGAUAUUGUAUCAUGUUUUAUUGUAAGAAUUCAGCAUGAUUUGUGAUCAUGACUUAUUUUGUGCAUUAUUUAAGUGAAUUUUAUGUGCUAGAUAUGAAUGAAUAAUGAAUGCUCUGAAUGAUGUAAAUAACCCAAAAGUGGUACUAUACUUAGAAUAAAUAGAUUUUCAUAUUUGUUUUCUUUCUGUUUAAAUUGAAGUAUUUUAUUUUUAUUCAUUUACCAUCAAAGUGGAGUUAAAAAGCUUUAUGUAACAAAUGGUAGAAAUGAACAAUCUGUACCUGUUUUCUUGGACUCUAGUAUCCCUACCACUGCUCUUUUAAUAUACUCUAUUAAAGUAUUGAUAAAAACAUCAAUAAACAUUUUCGAAUACAAAUUUAUGACAAUAUACUAUUUACUCGUGUGCAAUAGAAA